AGUUACAGUCAAAUUCAGAUAAACCAAACGGACCUUUGGUUAUCCAAGUUCGAGCAAUCCUCACAUUCCUAAGUUUCCCUCUCACUCUCUCAGUAUGCUCUCUUCUCUCAAGAGUAAAUAAAAGAAACGGCUAUCCUGUUAUCGGCGGCGAGCAAGAGCCACCGCAACUCGUCGGAAAGAAUUCGGAAACGGAUUCCAUCGCCGGAGCUCGACUACGGCAACAACCAGUACUAGUUACCACCGAGGACGCAUCACUAAGCGCGGCAGCAAAGUGUCUUGAUCCUAAUAUAAAAAGAUCGAGAACAAAUUGAAGCUGACUGUAUGGCAUAUUGGGCUACAGCGACCUUGCCUCUUAAAGAGCUCUCCUUGUUGCCUGCUGUUUCUUCUAGAACAUCAGGAGGUACUUCUUGUUGCAAGACGUGUUACCUUAAUCCGUUUGAUCAUCGAAGAAAGGGAACUUGUCAUCUUUAUAAGACUCAAAUACACUCGAACGCAAGAGCCAGUGUGGUUAGCUCAAGGCAGAGUCCUGUAAAUUCAAAUGGUGGAGUAUGGGAAGAUCCUGAUGAUGGAAGUGACAGUGACUGUGAUGAUGAACCGCAGGUAGCAGAAGAAAAUGAUUUAGAUUUCGAGAGUGAUUGGGAAGACGAAAAAGACUCUUCAGUUGCCACAAUUGACGGAAAACUUGAAGAAAUGAAGUACGAGGAUGAACUUGCCAAAGAGAUUGAGCUUCUUUUGGAACCAGAAGAAUGGUCAAUUUUGCAACAAAAUUCAGCUCCAAAUCUUGAGAAAAUAUCAACUGCAAAAUGGAGUCCUCUUCACACUCUGGCAUUGGCAGGGCAAAUUCAUUUUCUUGACCAGUUACUUGAAAAUGGUGUCAACAUUGAUUUUCCAGAUAAGGAUGGUCUUACUGCUCUCCAUUCCAGCAUUCUUGGUAAGAAGGAAGCUGUUAUUAGUCAUCUUCUAAGAAAAGGUGCCAAUCCUCAUAUUAAGGAUAAGGAUGGUGUCACCACACUUCACUAUGCAGUUCAAGUUGGUGCCUUACAGACUGUAAAGUUACUAAUCAAGUAUAAUGUAGAUGUGAAUGCCUCAGACAACGAAGGGUGGACCCCUUUACAUGUUGCCAUGCAAAGUAGAAACAGAGACAUCGCAAAAGUCUUGUUAGUUAAUGGUGCAGAUAGUAUGAGGAAAAAUAAGGAUGGGAGGACACCUUUGGAUCUGAGCAUAGCUUAUGGAAAAGACUUUAAGGCAUAUGAUCUUACGAAGUUGUUGAAGGUUGUACCUGCUAACAGAGAUCUGUAGCUGAUGAACAUGAUCCCAAUAAUUCAAGGCAGUUGGUUCUUCCUGGGAUAUCAAGCUGAAGCCAGUCGGUAGAACACUCAGGAGGUUCAUUAUGCCAUACCUGUGAGCUGUGAGUAAUCUGCAGUGGGCUAUGUCAUAGAGCAGUUUAUGAGGGUUGAUCAGACAGUAUCAGAAGCUGCUACUGAUAAAUGAUGAUUGACAGAAGUGCAUUUUUGUCUUUGGCCAACUGAAAGCAUCCCUCUCCGGCCCUUGUGAGGAAUUUCCAAACGUAUGUAAUUAAUGUUGAUUUACAUAUUUGAUUAGAGAUCAUGAUAGUGAAAUAUUUAUGCUCAUCCAAGUUCCUGCUAGAAUAGCUAGCUCUUUUUUUUUCCUGCUAGAAUAGCAGAAACUUGUAUUGUAUUCUAAAUGACUCAAAGGUAAGUGAUUUUACUGGGUUGCCAAGUUGUUGAA